AUGUCGUACUCGUGGAUUGGCGCGCCGACACCAUUCAAUGGCACAAAUACAGAUACCGGUGGCGAUUCCGCUACCGAGAACCUCAACCAAUGGUACCAGUCCGGAGACCAGGCCUUCAUCAUCGUGGCCGCAUGCAUGGUCCUGGUCAUGAUCCCCGGCAUUUCCUUCCUCUACUCCGGUCUCGCUCGAAGAAAGUCGGCCCUGUCAUUAAUAUGGGUCGUCAUGAUGUCCUUCAGCGUCGUCACCUUCCAGUGGUACUUUUGGGGAUAUUCACUAGCUUUCAGCUCCAACGCGACCAACGGCUUCAUCGGCGACCUCAAGCACUUUGGCCUCAUGAACACCCUCGGCCAGCCCUCGCCCGGAUCCCCGCUCAUCCCUGAGCUCCUAUACUCGUUCUACCAGUUCUGCGGCGUAACGGCAGCCCUCGUGGUCGGUGCGACGGCCGAGCGCGGACGAGUCAUCCCGGCCAUGGUCUUCACAUUCUUCUGGGCCACCCUGGUCUACUGCCCCGUCGCCUGCUGGGCCUGGAACGCGCACGGCUGGGCCUUCAAGUACGGCGUCCUCGACUACGCCGGCGGCGGCCCCGUCGAGAUCGUGUCGGGCAUGUCGGCCCUCGCCUACUCGUGGGUCCUCGGCCGCCGCAACGAGAAGAUGAUGCUCAACUUCCGCCCGCACAACAUCUCGCUCAUCACCCUCGGCACCAUCCUGCUGUGGUUCGGCUGGCUGGGCUUCAACGGCGGCUCCGCCUUUGGCGCCAACCUGCGCGCCACCAUGGCCUGCUGGAACUCGUGCCUGACGGCCAUGUUCGCCGCCAUGACCUGGUGCCUGCUCGAUUUCCGCCUGGCCAAGAAGUGGUCCCUCGUCGGCUGGUGCUCGGGUGUGAUUUCGGGUCUCGUCGCUGCCACUCCCGCCUCUGGCUUCAUCACCCCCUGGGCCAGCAUCAUCCUCGGCGUUGCCACGGGCAUCGCCUGUAACUUUGGCACCAAGAUCAAGUUCCUCCUCCGCAUCGACGACUCGCUCGAUGUCUUCGCCGAGCACGGCAUCGGCGGCAUCGUGGGCCUGCUCUUCAACGCCCUCUUCGCCGCCGACUACAUCAUCGGGCUCGACGGCGUCAACACGGGCGCCGUGACGGGCGGCUGGCUCAACCACAACUGGAAGCAGCUCUACAUCCAGGUCGCCUACAUCGUCGCCUGCUGCGCCUACUCGUUCGUCAUGUCGGCCGUCAUCGCCAAGCUCAUCGAUCUCGUGCCCGGCCUGCGCCUGCGCGCCUCCUCCGAGGCCGAGCUGCUCGGCAUGGACGACGACCAGCACGGCGAGUUCGCGUACGACUACGUCGAGGUGCGCAGGGACUACCUCGCGUGGACGCCCGCCGACCGCGAGCAGAAGGAGGACGGCGCGCGCAUCGUGCCCCAGCACGGCAUCGAGGGCCACCGCCACCUCGCCAACGGCAGCGCCGGCUCCUUCGCCACCGCCAGCCACCACGCCCGCGACGACCUGCCCCCCUCGGCCGAGAAGCCGCGGCCCGAGACCGAGGAGCCCGAGCGGUCCCCCUCGCCCGACUCGCACCGCGCCGUGCCCGCCGUCGAGACGCAGGCGUAG